AUGGCGGAAUCGACACGACAACAAACCUCCAUUCGAGAGGUAGAGGCAGCUUUAACAAGAAAGUUGAAUGAAACUAAUGCUCGAUUGGAUCAAUCCAUCGCUGGGCUAAAGGAUAUGAUAAUGGCACURGUUAAUCAGCAAGCAAGGCAUGAGCAGACAGGGGGGACGUCAGGGAGAGGACACCCAAGAAAUGGUGGAGAUGGUAAUUCUUUUUCUGAUUCCUCCUUCUCCACAAGGCUUACAAAGGUAGAUUUCCCGAAAUUCAAUGGAGACCAUGUGAAGGAUUGGCUUUACAAAUGUGACCAGUUCUUCUCUUUGGAUAACACUUCGUCUGCUGCUAAAGUCAAAUUGGCAGCGAUCCAUUUGGAAGGUAAAGCACUACAAUGGCAUCACACUUUGAUGAASUCUAGACUCACUAAUGACCCCAUGAAUUGGGAGGAUUAUGCUAAGGCCAUCGCGAGUAGGUUCGGUCCUGCCUUUGAUGAUCCGAUGUCAGAAUUAAUGUCGCUCAAACAAUCAGGCUCUAUUGUUGAGCAUAUGGAGCAGUUUGAGAACAUCUUGACCAGGGUGGAAUUGACUGAAAAAUAUAAAAUCAGUUGCUUCAUUACCGGGUUAGAAUAUGAAACACAGAUGCAUGUGAGAAUGUUUCAUCCCACGACUAUUCAGCAUGCUGCCAACUUAGCAAAGUUAUUUGAAUCUGCACAAAAGUACAAGCAGUCGAAGUAUAAUUAUCAAAUCAAGAAUGUGUAUCCGAAGGCUGUGAGUAAUAAUCAAACAUCUAAACAAGUUUGGUCUGCAAUAUUGAUGGACUUUAUUGAGGGGUUGCCUACUUCUUUUGGGAAGGAUGUUAUUUUUGUGGUAGUUGAUUGUUUAAGCAAAGCUGUCAACUUUAUGGCUUUACGGCAUCCAUAUACAACCCUGCAUGUAGCUCAACUUUAUCUUAAUGAGGUCUUUAAGCUCCAUCUGUUGCCGGUUACCGUUGUCUCUGAUAGGGAUCUGGUGUUCCUCUCUGAAGUUUGA